AUGGCUACCCCUAGUGUCCUAGCUUUUGACGCUGAGGGUCGCGCCAUUGAUUUUGAGGUCUGGCUAGACGACCUGCAGCUGUUCUUACAGUGCGACAGGGCUGAUGACCUUUCUCUCUUUGACCUCACCUCUGGCGCCUCUCCUGCUCCUGCUGCUGAUGCUGAUCCCGCUGUCCGCUCUAAGUGGGCCACCCGCGAUGCUGCUGCACGUCUUGCUGUGCGUCGCCACCUCCCUACCUCUGAGCGUGCGCACUUUAGUCAGUACAAGAGUGCUCAGACCUUGUACGACGCUGUAGUUGCGCGCUACUCCUCCCCUGCCACUGCUGCACUGAGCCGUCUCAUGCUUCCCUACCUCUUUCCUGACCUCUCUGCCUUUCCCACUGUCGCUGACCUCAUUACGCACCUCCGCACUAGUGACACUCGCUACCGCGCCGCCCUUCCUGCUGAGUUCUGCGCUAGGAACCCCCCUCCCAUGUACAUCGCUCUCUACUACGUAGUCGCGCGCCUCCCUGACUCCCUUCGCGUCGUCAGGGACCACUUUCUCGCAGUCUGUCCCACCACUCUCACCGUCGACCUCCUCGAGAAGGCCCUCCUUGCAGCGGAGAAGAGCAUAGUCGCUGUAGGUGCUUCUCGUGGUGACCCUCGCACCCCCAUCUUUGAGGGGUGCUCUCUUUCCCCCUUGCUGCCCUCUGUUGCCUCUGCUGCUGCUGCCGACCUGCUUGGUCUUGAGUCGGUCGGCACGGCGUCUGCCCCUAGUGGGAGACGUCGCUCCAGCAAGGGCAAGGGAGGCAAGGGCGCGGGUGGAGCUGGGGGGGGCGGUGGCGGUGGCGGCGGUGGCGGCGGAGGGAGUGGGGGUGGCGGCGGGACUAGUGGCGGGGGUGGUGGUGGUGGUGGUGGCAGCAGCGGCGGAGACGGUGGUGGUGGUGCCAGCGGUGGUGGUGGAGGCAGCGGCGGAGGUGGAGGCGGCGGAGGUGGAGGCAGUGGAGGCGGCAGCGGCGGAGGCAGUAGUGGUGGAGGAGGUGGAGCUGGUCGGGGUGGUCCCCAGCAGCGUAGCGGCGGUGGUGGUGGCCAGCGCUCGCACCGGCAGCAGCAGCAGCGCUCACGGGACAUCCCUUCGCCUCAGCAGCUUCGUGAGUGGUACGCUGGGCGUCAGAGGGGUGGGGGUACUGGUCCCUGCACCUACGUUCUUCGUUCCGGCGACCGCGCGGGUGAGCAGUGUGGGGGUGCCCACGCCACCCAGCGCUGCUUUGGCCGCCUGACGGACGCUUGGCGUCAGCAGUUCCCUGAGGCUAGUGAGAUCCCUCGCUGGGAUGAGCUUCUCAGGGCUGGUGUAGCGAUCUUUGAUCUUGAUUUUGAUGCUAUCCUUACUGCUAUGUAUGUUGUGGAUUCUAGUGAGGAGAAUGAGGGUUACCGGUGUUUCCAGCCCGACCCGGGCAUUGGUACUGCUGCGCUAGGUACUUGUGAGGCUGCUGCUCUAGGUGCCACUGCGUCUGUGCUCUCAGGUACUGGUGAGACUGCGAUCUCAGAUCGCACUACCCUUUCGCCGCUCGCCAGGCCGGUUGCGGUCUCCCUUGCUGACCCCUCUGGGGGUCCUGUCCUGUCUCACUUCUCCACUGUCCUCCCGUGUCCGGCUGCCCCUUCGGGCACCCUGUCGGGUCUGUACCUUCCCUCGUUCUCUACGAACUUGGUGGCUGCGUCGGGUCAGGUACUUGCUGCUGCGUCCCGGUCAGGUCCUGAGUCUGCCCCCUGUUCUUGUCGCCUCCUGUCUCACGAGACUCUCCUGUGGCACCACCGUCUUGGCCACCCCUCCUUGCCCCGUCUUCGGAGCAUGGCUUCCCGUGUCCUUGUCUCUGGUCUUCCCCAGUCUCUCCCUCCUCUCCCCUCCGGGCCAGGACCUUCCUGUGUCCCCUGUGUCGAGGGUCGCCUCCGGGCUACUCCUCACUCCUCCCACUUCCCCCCGACAGAGGCUCCCCUGCAGACGCUUCACAUGGAUGUGUGGGGCCCAGCCCCCGUCCGUGGGCAGGGUUACGAGCGAUACUUCCUGUUGGUGGUUGACGACUACUCGCGUUACACCACAGUCCUCCCCUUGCGCAGCAAGGGUGCGGUCACUGAGGUGCUGAUCGACUGGAUCCGCGAGGCUCGUCUCCAGCUCAGGAAGAGCUUCGGCUCGGACUUUCCUGUUCUGCGUCUGCACUCUGACAAAGGCGGAGAGUUCUCUUCUCGCCUUCUGCGAGACUACUGUCGUGCACGGGGGAUCCGCCAGACCUUCACGCUUCCGGACUCACCACAGCAAAAUGGGAUUGCUGAGCGCCGCAUUGGCAUGGUCAUGGAUGUCGCUCGUACGUCCAUGAUGCAUGCGGCUGCCCCCCAUUUUCUGUGGCCGUUUGCGGUGAGGUACGCGGCGCAUCAGCUCAACCUUCACCCCCGGGUCUCUCGGCCUGCGAUGUCCCUAGUCUUGCUGUGGACAGGGAAGGUUGGCGAUGCGUCUGUGUUCCGUGUCUGGGGAUCUCGGGCGUUUGUCCGCGACUUGUCUGCGGACAAGCUGUCCCCUCGUGCUGCUCCCUGUGUCUUUCUUGGCUUCCCCACUGACGCCCCAGGGUGGCAGUUUUACCACCCCUCCUCUCGUCGUGUUCUGUCCUCCCAGGACGUCACGUUCGACGAGUCAGUCCCCUUCUACCGUCUCUUCCCCUACCGCACUACUUCCCUCCCCCCUCCCCCGGACUUCCUUGUGCCGGUUCCCCCCCCGGUAGACCCCCUCCCCCCUCAGGUAGACGCCGUUGACCCGGUAGAGGUUACUGGUGACUCUGGUCCUGCUGCGGGUGCUGAGCCUGGGGGUGCUGACUCUGGGGGUACUGUGCGCGGGGGUGCUGUGCCUGGGGGUGCUACUGCUGGGGGUGCUGGGCCUGAGGGUGCUACUGCGGUGGGUGCGGAGCCUGGGGGUGCUGAGCCGGGGGGUGCUGUGCCUGGAGCUGCUGAGCCUGGGGGUGCUGAGCUGGGAGCUGCUGAGCCUGGGGGUGCUGCGUCUGGAGCUGCUGAGCCUGGGGUUUCUCCUGCUGCUGCGUCUCGCCGGGAGCCCCUCUCUCCACAGGAGCUGCGCGAGUGGUUCGCUCGCCGCUGGAGGCGUGCAGCUGAGUCUGGAGGUGCUGCUGGAGCUGGAGCUGAAGCUUCUUCGAUCGUCGAGGGUGCGGGUGCUGCCGGUCCCGGAGCUGCUGGACCUGCGGGUCCUCCUGGAGCUGGAGCUGCUGAGGGCGUUCGUGCUGGGCCUGCUGCUGUUGGUCCUGCCGCUGGAGGUGUGGGUGGCGCUGGUGCUGUCGCUGAGGGUGCUGGUGCUGUCCCUGCUGAGACUGGAGCUGCCGCGCGGCCUCGGCCGUACUUCGUUCCGCUCCUUCAGCAGGUUCUUGGUCUUUCUCCUCCAGUAGAGGGUCCACCGCCUGUCCAGUCGCAGUCCCUACUGGAGCCUUCCUCUCCACUGCCUGCUCCCUCUCCUUACACUGGUCCUACUGGAGGUCUUGCUGAGCGACGUGAGCCUGCGUCUCGCCCCGCGUCGCCUGUUUGUGCUACUCGCGCUAGUGGUCGCGGUUCGCGUCAGCGUCCUCCUCCUGUCCCUGGCACGCACCGGAUGUCUCUGCGUCCGUCCACUGCUCCUCUGCGUGCCCCUUUGCCUUCUCCUCCUGAGUCCUCUCUUCCUGCGCUUGCCGACCCUGAGUCGGACUCUCUUCGCGCUGCGAGUCCUACUGUCACGCGUCUGCUUGCUACUGUCGUCACUGACCCCUCUUUUGAGUCCACUGCUGCGUCUGCUCUAGUCGCUGAGCUCGUCGACUUUGCUGCUCGCUGUCGUCUCGACUACGCUGCUAGUCUUGUUGCUGAGUCUGCGUCUGUCUGUCCUCCGUCCGUCGGGGGUGAGUGUGCUCUUGGCACGGACGUCCUAGAGGACAGGCAGGAGGAGUUACAGUGUCUAGCGGCUGCUUCACCUCAUCUCGCGUCUGUACUGCUUGCCCCUGAGGGAGACCCGGAUGCACUAGACAUCCCGACUCCGCGUUCUUACGCGGAGGCCGUAGAGGGCCCCUACUCCUCUCAGUGGCAGGCAGCCAUGGAUGCAGAGAUGGCUUCCUGGAAGUCCACAGGCACCUACGUUGACGCGGUUCCCCCUCCUGGGGCGAACAUCGUCAGUGGCAUGUGGAUCUUCAGGGUGAAGCGGCCGCCGGGCUCUCCACCUGUCUUCAAGGCACGGUACGUUGCUCGUGGCUUCAGUCAGCGGCAGGGAGUUGACUACUUUCAGACCUUCUCUCCCACCCCGAAGAUGACUACUCUUCGGGUGCUGCUGCACAUAGCCGCUCAGCGCGACUACGAGCUUCACUCUCUCGACUUCAGCACUGCGUUCUUGCAGGGUAGCCUGCACGAGGAGAUCUGGCUUCGCCGUCCACCUGGCUUCACUGGGACUUUCCCUCCUGGCACCCAGUGGAGCCUCAGACGGCCAGUCUACGGUCUCCGCCAGGCACCGCGUGAGUGGCACGACACACUGAGGACUACGCUUGCGGCUCUUGGGUUUGCUCCUUCUACUGCUGACCCGUCGCUGUUUCUUCGCACCGACACUUCCCUGCCGCCGUUCUACAUCCUCGUGUACGUCGACGACUUGGUCUUUGCCACAGCGGACACUGCUGGACUCGCCUACGUGAAGUCCGAGCUGCUGAAGAGACACACGUGCACAGACCUGGGUGAACUGCGCAGCUACCUUGGCUUGCAGAUCACUCGGGACAGAGCACGCCGCACCAUUACCUUGACUCAGUCACACAUGGUGCAGCAGGUCCUUCAGCGCUUCGGCUUCACGUACUCCUCGCCUCAGGCCACUCCUCUGCCUACUCGCCACUCACUCUCAGCUCUGCCUUCGGAUGAGUCCGUAGAGUCGAGUGGUCCGUAUGCAGAGCUUGUUGGCUGCCUCAUGUACCUGAUGACCUGCACACGACCUGACCUUGCAUACCCUCUGAGCAUUCUUGCACGCUAUGUUGCUCCUGGGAGACACAGACCGGAGCACAUGGCUGCAGCGAAGAGGGUAUUGCGCUACCUGUGCAGUACGUCAGGCAUGGGGCUAGUGCUUGGAGGGCGGAGUCCAGUGGUCCUUACCGGCCACGCGGACGCUUCUUGGGCUGACGACCAGGCUACGCAGCGGUCGUCACAGGGUUACACCUUCAGCCUUGGUUCCGGCUCUGUCUCGUGGCGGUCUACUCGCUCGUCUUCGGUUCUCGGCUCCAGUUGUGAGGCUGAGAUCUACGCCGGGGCCAUGGCUGCACAGGAGCUUCGCUGGCUCACCUACCUGCUGACUGACCUUGGAGAGCCGCCUCGUUCUCCUCCAGUGCUGUACGUAGACAACAAGGCUAUGCUGGCCUUGUGUCGAGAGCAGCGCUUGGAGCACAGAACGAAGCACAUUGCUCUCCGCUACUUCCUUGCUCGUGAGUUGCAGCAGCGUGGUCAGUUGCGACUUGCGUACGUGGCCUCUGAGGCCAACACUGCUGAUGUGUUCACCAAGGCACUUGCGCCUUGUGACCAUCAGCGCUUCUGCACCCAGCUGGGUCUUGUGCCUGUCUUGCCUCACUUGCUCUCCUCUUGA